AUCAGCUGGGCCAUGGUGGCCAGCCGCCUGCCUGGCCGAACGGCCAAGGACUGUCGCAAGCGUCUUGUUUAUUCUCUCGAUGUGAAUCUGCGCAAGGGAGCCUGGACAGAGGAUGAGGACCGACAACUUCUCAAAGCCAUGUCCGAGUACGCCAAUCAGCGCAACUGUGAUCUGCGCAAAAUCAAGUGGGCAGCCAUUGCGCGUGCCAUCGGGACGCGUUCGGGCGAUCAAGCUAGCAAGCGUUGGCGCGAAGUCCUCAAUCCGGCGCUUAAUCGCUGCGAGUGGUCGCAUGACGAGGACAGGCGACUCCUGCGGCUCAUCGAUGCACAC